AUGUCGGGCCUGUGGAGGCUCCCCUACAUGGAUGAUCUUCUUCUUCCUCAUAACAUUGAUAUGAUGCACUCGGAAAAGAAUAUCGCUGAGGCACUAUGGGGUACAAUUGUGGACAUUCUUGAUAAAACAAAGGACAAUGUUAAGGCCCGAGUGGAUCAAGCUAGUUUAUGCGAUAGACCAAAACUGAAUAUUCCGCCACCCAAAGAUGGUAAGAAAUGGAAAAAGCCUCCAGCUGAAUUCGUCCUGAAGAAGCACCAAAGGAAAGAAGUACUAGAAUGGUUCCAAACUUUAAUGUUUCCCGAUGGGAGUUGGACUGUCCUCAGUGACGGUGCUCACAAACGCAAGGUCAACGGCAUCCUGGGUCUUUUGUGCAGGGAGCACUUCCAAGGCCUGGUCCACUAUCAAGGACGGUACGAGCCGGCGUGGACGUGGGACCACUACAUCACCGCCAACAACGAUCAGUUGGAUUGGAGCGGCAGAGCCUUUGAGAACAAGGUGGAGCGGGUAAAGGGCGAGCUCUGGGAUUUUUACAGGUGUGAUGAGGGAUACGAGGAGCGGGCGGCGAUUGUGGCUCACAAUCGAUGCGUUAAACUCGUGAAGGACAUGCAUUAUGAGGCGCAAGUCCAGUGCGUCAUCAACUAUUGUGCACAUUUCCUAAAGCAGAAGAUCGGGAAGUCUGAGGCGAGGGAUUUGAAGCUGACUCGAGAGCAAUAUUUACAGGUUCCUGCGUGGUGGUGUCGUAAUGACACCGUGUGCUGGGAGCGCAUAGUGGACAAGUGGUUCGACCCCGAGUGGCAGGUUUUGCACGACGCUGGCCGGCAGCGGCGAUUGCUGAUGCCAGGUCCAGCGCACCAUCAAGGCAGCCUCAACAACGACGAGUACAGGGCUAGAUGGUCAUCCUCACAUGAAGGCCAGGAGUGCCCCCGUUCCUGGGAUGGGCUCUGGCCCGCAAGGGCAAGGCGACAUCCAACAUCACCUACAACCCUGACGACCCGCCCUCGGCGUACAGCAACCCGUCCGUCCACAGUCGUAUCCAGGCGUACACAGAGAUGGGAAGACAGGUCCAUGGGGCAGACUGGGAUCCGAGGACCCAGCCCCUUGAUGGAGAAGUCAUUAUGAGGGUGGGAGGAGGCAAAAAACAUGGGCGCUACUACAUUGGCGACGGCCUUUUAGACACGGCCAGCACUCCCACCCUCUCCCAGAUUCGAGCGAGGAGCACGGCCAAUAGCCCGGCCAUACGGCCACGGCUGUCCGCGUCGCAGCUCCAAGUGCAGAAACUUUAGGUUAUUUCUUAUUUAUUCAUAGUUCAUUCAUUUUGUACGUAUAUUUGCUUUGCAUUGUAACAUUAUCAUGAACUAUUGUAGCACCAAAUGCAAGCGCA